AUAAAAAAAACUCUAAAAUAGUGACAUGAGAGUAAUGGUGGACAGAGAAAUACUACUACUCUUAGACAGUACACUAGCCUCUGCGCACAACCCUCCACUCUCCAAGGAGAUUACAAUCCAUUCUUUCUUUCUCCCUUCUUCCAUUCUCUUUCUCAUUCAGAGACUGCACACAAAUUUCUAUUAUUCCGAGAACGACAAAUGGAUCCGGCGGCGAUAAUGAACGGCGCUGCCAACACGACGUCGUUUCACCUGUCAGAGAUCUGGCAGUUCCCGCCUCCCAACUCGCCAGAUGCACUGGGGCUCAGGAGGCCCCACUUCGCCCACGGCAGCUUUGCGGACUUUGCCCCGGGUCCGACCCGAGACGCUGACCCGGCCAGCAUUGCCCACAAGAAGCCCCGCCACGCUGCCGGGGAGGAGGAGGAAUCCGCUAAGGGCGCCUCCACCACCAAUGCCGUGGAUGAGGGUGGUGGUGGUGAUGGAAAACGGAUUAAGGCGAGUGAGAGUGGGGAAGGUGGAAGAGAAAACAGUUCAGGAAAGCCUGCGGAGCAAAGUGGUAAGCCACCUUCGGAGCCUCCAAAGCAAGACUACAUUCAUGUCAGAGCUAGAAGAGGUCAAGCUACUGAUAGCCACAGUCUUGCAGAAAGAGCUAGACGGGAAAAGAUCAGUGAGAGGAUGAAAACUCUUCAGGAUUUAGUCCCGGGUUGUAAUAAGGUUAUUGGGAAAGCAUUGGUCCUUGAUGAGAUAAUUAAUUAUAUCCAAUCGCUUCAGCGUCAAGCAGAGUUUUUGUCAAUGAAGCUUGAAGCAGUAAAUUCAAGAAUGGAGUCCGGAAUUGAAGUGUUUCCUCCAAAAGAUUUUGAUCAGCAAACUUUCGAUACAACUGACAUGCCAUUCGCUUCUCAAGCUACAAGAGAGUAUAGCCGAGGUUCAUCAUCCGAAUGGUUACAUAUGCAGGUUGGAGGUGGUUUUGAAAGAGCUACGUAGUCUUUGAAAUCCCAUCACCUGAUAAUAAAUGCAUAUAGGAUGAUUAAUCUCUCCAUCAGAGCUCCCAUAAAUCAUAUACUCAAGGUGUUGUUGCUAAGUCCUAUAGACACCUCAUUCCUGUUUUCUAAAAGAGAGGCAUGGAGCUGUUAUUUAUUUCCACAAGAUCACUUCAGUUAGUACUCAAGCAACACCAUUUGUUAGUGUGUUGGAAAAUGAAUUCAUUUACCUAAUAUGUAGUUUAGUAUGCUGAUACUCUUCAUAUAACCUUUGAAACGAUUGUUAUUAUUCUUGUAAAAGAAUGCUGCUUGUCGUGAAUGCAUAAAGGUUUACAUAUUGUGUAAUAGUGUUAAACAUUGUUGUUUAUCUGUGAAGCUAUGUUAGAAUAAAUUAAGCCCA